UCGUGGACAGUGUUGUGGUUUCCUACGGGAGCCACGAAGAAAUGUGGGCGCGGGGCGUGUGUCUGGGCCUUCGGGCUCCGCGGAGUGCGUUCCGGGGCUUCACCUCCAAGGGGACUGCUCAGGGAAGUGGCCGGGUCCCGGCCGAGGUGAUCGAGCACCUGGAGCGUCUCGCGCUCGUGGACUUCGGCAGUCGCGAGGCCGUGGCGCGGCUGGAGAAAGCCAUCGCCUUCGCCGACCGGCUGCGCGAGGUGGACACGGACGGCGUGGAGCCCAUGGAGUCGGUCCUGGAGGACAGAUGUUUAUACUUGAGAUCUGACAAUGUGGUAGAAGGCAACUGUGCUGAAGAACUACUACAAAACUCCCACUGCGUCCUGGAGGAGUAUUUUGUGGCCCCCCCAGGAAAUAUCCCUUUGCCAAAGCUGGACGAACCAGAGCCCUCCCCACAUAGCUGAUGAACUGCCUUGGGAAGGGAGCAGCCUGUGAACACGGACAAGCACCAUGAUGCAGUCUUACUGUAAACACUCAUGUUCCCAUUUCCUUCAGUCCCCUGGGGGAAAAAAAGGAACCAUCUCUUCAUUGACUUUUCCGAAGAUUGGGAAAGGCCUUGCCAAAACGGGGCAUUAAGUCCCUGGUGCUGACAGAAAUAAAAGCAAACAUCAGCCUCCAUGAAAUGGAUCACAUAUUUCACUUACAAGUCUGUUUAGCAUUGUUCUCCCUCAUCUCCCCCUAAAAAAGACUGGCUGCCAAGCUGCAUAAGUAACUGUUCUGUUUAGAUGACUGGAAGGCACACAGCGCUAGGGCCACUGGGUGAAACCAUCAUUUUUCACUGCUGUUUCCAUGGACUUGAGCAGCUUCAUCUCUAUUAAACGUAACCUAAAUUU